CUUUUUUGUAACAAAAAUAAAAAGUAAGGGAUGAGCGGGUGAGGAUCGUUUUUGGUAGUCGUCGGGAGGUAGCAAAACAUGCCGGAGAUCUCGAGGGGAGAGAACCCUCCAUCGGAACCUUCGACGAAGAAUUCCGACAAAAUGGCAGAAACAUCAGCCGGUGAAUCGGAAUCUACGCCGGAAAACCAAUCUGAAUUAUUUGAUUCUUCCAAAAUGCGAAAGACCAAACCUGGAAUCAAGCGUCUUUCCCUUACCCUUUGCGUCCUUUUCUCUUUCCUCUUAGGAUUUCCGUUUCUGCUGAAGUCUGUUGAAAUUUACCGAUCGCCGCUUCCAUUUAAGUACAUGGAUUCGCUUUCUAGUGUUAUCGAGUCAGAGCCUUUGCUCUUUCCAUGCCGAUUCCAAGCAGUUUUUCUAGGAUUUAAUGAUGAACUAAAUGAUGCCGAUAAAUUGGGGUCUUUGAUUGCUGAUCGUAUGAGGGAAGUAGUGGGUCAUGAUCGUGCUUGUGGAAGCUGCCGGAACAAUUUUACUGUUUCAGUUUCGUUGGAGUUGGAGAAGGGUUGUGUGCAGAGUGAGAAUGGCGAAAAUGGGUGCUUGUGGCAGUGUGGGUUGUUGAAAGAUGCUGAUGUUGCUACUAAGUGGAAGGAUGAUGACUUUGUUGAUGAAUUGUUGGACAAUGCGUUAUCAGGUGGUCAGAAAUGUUCAGGUUCCAAUGGAAAGGUUUACAGUAUUGUCGUGGUGGAAAAGGAUGAGGAAGUUAGGGCAGUGGUAGGAAAGCAUAGGCAUGGAUGGAUCAUUGGUAAGUUGUCUAAGGAAGAAGCAGUGGAGAGGGUUGCUGAAAUUUUUGUCAAGGUAUUUAUUAAUGGCGGGAAAGAAGAAGGCUCAAUUCACGGGGAAUUUAUGCCUGUUGGUGCUGAUGGUCGGGUUGUAUUGUCUUUUAGCCUGUUAAAUGCUGAUCCACAUGACUGGAUAUAUAAUUGGGAUUUCCAGAGAGUAAAUGAGAUUUUAGUGACUCCAGUUGUUGAGGCUUUGGCACCUAUAGCUAAUAUAAGCGUAGAAAGUCAGAUUCUGUACCAUACUCCGAAGUCUUUUUUCUCCCAUUGGGAUGACCAAAGAGGAGCCUACAUCUACGACUCUAAGGAUCUUCCUUUUUUUGUAAAUUCAAAUGAAUGGCAUUUGGAUACUUCUACUGCAGCUGGAGGACGUUCAAAAAUCUUGCACAUUGUUGUAUAUAUACCAUCUGAAAGGGAGUGUCCUCUUUUGCUGCAACUUCCAAAUGGAGAGAUCUCCAUGACAAAUGGAUUUAUAUCCCCCAUGUGGGGAGGUAUCAUUGUCUGGAACCCUUCUGGCUGUUCAGGUCAUUCUGGGACUACGACUGAUGGUAGGCAUACAAUCCCCUUCAAGGAUCUUGAGAACAUUGUUGAGGUAUUUAUGGGGCAAUUGCGGCAACUUUUUGGCCUCAAGUCUGAGGGUCUUUAUGUUGGUUCUUCGGAUAGAGUCAAACUUCUGGCUAGUGAAAGAGGCUUCUCGAAUUGGGAAUUGGAUCUGUUGGCCAGGCAGCAUACUUGCUUCAAUCUUCAGUCAUGUGCAACUACACUUGGGUCUCUUUCAAGAUUGGUUCAAUCACUGCCAAGGAUGAUCAUAAAGGAUGAAAUAGGAAAACAGGUAGAAUACUCUCUUCAGGCGGCAAAUUUUGCACAAAGCAAUGCUUCUGUUGGUGCCUAUGAUGAUUCUGCUGUGCUGUCACGACAAGCAAGAUCUUUGGCGGAAGACUCCUUUUUUCAUCCAUCUAUCAUGUCUGUGAGCUAUUACUCUUUUGAGCACUGCUUUGCAGUCUACUCGCCCUUCUUCCUACCAGUAGCAUUGCAUGUUCUCCUUGCAGCUGUCAAGGAAUGGAAACGAUACAAGCAAGAAAAGUCGAAGUACUUGACAUGGAAAGCAAAAGAGGUUGUGUCUUGAAUCCUCAAGAAUGUGCAGAAAGCAGGCUUGACUUCUCCCAGAAAACUGUGAUGAGCAGAACAGUUGCCCAUUAGCCAUUGCCUCGUUUAUGGAUGAAGCCUUCUUAGAGCCUUGUUUUUGCAAUGGGUUGAAGAAAUCUGGUAAGCCACUUGAUUUUUCCUGGGCACUGAGAUUGUCAAGAAUUGCUGGUGCAUCAUCCCUUCCAAUCAUCAUGGUUGCUCUUAGAUAAUCAGAUUUGAGGACACUGCUUAUGACAAGUCAAACUUAUUUGAUGUGCUGCCUAGUGCUCAAGAUUUCAGGAAGGAAAAGAAAUUAGAUUUUAGCUUCUUUUUCUUUUUUCUUUUUUUUUACCUGUGGAAUUAGAAAUCCUGACCGAAGUUAGGGGGGUUUGUAUUUCUGUAAGACACUUCACUGUUUAAGGGCCAAAGGAUGCCUUGAAAAGAGGCGCAAUCUUACGGUGGUUUUGUAAAAAAACUGAAUCCUUGUACAAAAUAUUUCUUUUGAUUUCUGUUAAAAGAAUUAUGAUGACUGAUGAGCAA